AUGAUACACCUCCCGAGAGUGGAAUCACGAGUCAUAAGCUUUGGAGGUAGUUUCCUAGGUCCAAAGCGUAGGGAUGGUGUAAAGGGUAGUUUCCCAGGUCCAAAGCGUAGGGAUGGUGUAAAGGCGAGCAAUUCUGCGAGGCCCUCGUAG